GAGGAGAGAGAGAGAGGAAGAGAGAGAAGAGGAUCGCCAUUUUAUCCUGGCCCUGCUCAGUUAGACGGGCGUCUUGAGUCCAGCCUGGCAGGUGGAUCAGGACCAGACCGACCACAAGGGAGGGCGGUGAAAUCAGACUGGGUGCCAAACUGAGCUGUAGUGGAAGAAGAAGAGGAAGAGGAAGAAGAGGGGGACUGUAGGAGGCAGAGGAGGAGGAGGCGGAGCCAUGUCGGCCUCGUGGCGUGACGACGAUGAAGAGUUCAGGGUGGGAGGAGUUAAAGGAGCACUGAGAGCCAAACCCAGGUUCUCCUUCACUGAGGUGAAACUGCUGCUGGAGGCGGUGAAGAGGAACAGAUACAUCAUCCUCAGGAAGUUUAACCAAGGCGUGUCGGCUGAGACCAAGAAACAGACGUGGGCAGAAAUCACGGAUCAGAUCAACGGUCUGGGAGAAAACCACCGAGAGGUUCGUCAGAUAAUGAAGAAAUGGGCGGACCUCAAAUGUGACGGGAAGCGACGCGUUGCAGCGCUGCGAGGUCCGAACGGCAGCAACGUGAGGAAGAAGAACAUGGGACCCGUUGAGAGGAUGGUCCAUAAGAUACUGAUGAUGAGUCCAAGAGGAGAUGGCGACAGUGAUCCUGAUUUAGACGAUGAAGAUUUCUCUAAGUUCUGCAGUAAAGGUCCGCCCUCCAAUCCUUCCCCGUACUCCUACCUCAGCCUGACGGACAGCUCCCACUCUUUACCUGGAGGAGCCUCUCUGGACAUUUCUCCUCUCUCCUCUCCAGAGAAAGAACCCAGCGGCGAUCCUUUCCAUUCGUCCUCUGACUUUGACUUAGACGUGGCAGACGACGGAGAACUCGGCGGUGACUACGACGAGAACGACUCCAUGUUCUCCUCCUACCACUCCCCCGGCCCCCCGCCCUCCUCCACCUCCUUGGACCCGCUGCCUGACGACGCUCUGCUGAGGGUCAAACCGGUCUACACCUACUCCCGAAACAACAACAGCAGCGGCACCAGCAGCCAGACCCAGAACCAAACCUCCUCUGCUAAACCUCCACCCGGACCCUCCCCCACCUCCUCCUCCUCCUCCUCUACUGGGGCUUCCACCUCAGACGCUGCUGUUGCACCUCCUCCUGCACCUCCUCUUCCAAACUCCACCUCCCAACCUGCACCUUCCUCUUCUUCCAACCUUCCUCCUCCUGCUGCUGCUGCUCCCACAUCCUCCUCUGCUUCCAACUCUCACCCUCCUCCUCCUCCUCUUCCUCCUAUUCCACCACCUCCCUCCUCCCUCCUCCCACCCAAACGCCCCUCCGUCUCCUACUCCCACCUGUCCGACCCGCUCCCGGCCGGCGCCUCCUCCUCCCACAGGGACAACGUGGCCCAGCUGUCGUCUCAGAGCCUCCAGCAGCAGCGAGCCAGCCGGAUGCUCCUCACCUCCGUGUCUCAGUCUCUGGAGGUGCUGGCGCAGUCGGUGCAGCUGCUGGUGGAGAGCCAGCAGGAGUUCGUGCAGGAGUCGCUGCUCCUGCAGAGGGAGACGGUGGACAUCCUCAGAGAUUUCUCCGGCACGGCUCUGGCCAUGCUGCGGGACAAAUCCGCCGGUGGUGGCGGCGGCGGAGGCGGCGGCGGUGGCGACGGGCCAGCGUCGACGGUGCAUCAUUAUCCCGGCUCACGCUUCUGAGAGACGGAAUACACAAAAACAAAAAGUAGGUUUUUAUUAAGAAUAAAGAGAAAAAGAGAAAGAGAGACUUCAGGAUGGGACGUAACCACAAACAUGAAGCUCUUCAGAGAGCCGUGGUUUAAAUCACGUUCGUCUCGGCCCCCCAAAAAAACGAAGGCUCACUGAUGCACAGACACACACAUGCAGUUUCAGGCGGUUUAUUUAUGUGCCUGCAUCUUCUUCUUUUUGUUUUUUUUUCUCCCCCCCCCCUCUGCAGUCGGCAUUCGGACGAUGUUGCUGUUAUUUUUUUCUUGGUGCUUUAAACUCAACAUGCCUCUAAUUUGUCGCCAUAAUGUCUUUUUGUUGUUGUUGUAAGAUGAUGAAGCUGUGACUGCUCUGUUCUCCUUACAGUGGAGGAAAGGAGGGAGGAGGAGGAGGAGGGGGGGGGGGGGGGGGUAAUGUAGGCGUUCAUCACAUGAUUCUCCCCUGUGUGUUUUAAUUAUUUUUUUUGUAGAUUUGUGUCAAAAUGAGACGGAGGGAAUCAUCUCAUGCUGCAUAUCGCUGCUCACAUGUUGCAAAUUUGGAGAGAGAGAGAAAAAAGAGAGAGAAAAGAGAGAGAAAAAAGAGAGAGAUUAAAAAAAGCUCCUCGCUGCCUUUUGACCUCUGACCUCACAGAUGAGCGUCUGUGCUGCUUCAUACGGUGUUUUAACGGCUCUCUGACUUCACUGAGACAUGAAGCAUAAGUCACCGAAUUAAAGAUGGAAAUAAAAUAAAUUAAAAGGAUGUUUAUCAGACCGGCUGCUGAACUCCUCUUCCUCCUCCUCCUCCUCCUCCUCCUCCUCCUCCUCUUCCUCCUCCUCCU